CCGGACAGCGGGCAUCGGGUCACCAGGCAUCAAGUCAUUUGGCUCGACAGCGAGCACCGCGUCAUCUGGCAAGGCAGUGGGCUCCGAGUCAACUGGGGCAUGACCGCGGGCACCGGGGCAGAGACAUUGAAUCGUCUGGCUGGACAGCGGGCAUCGGGUCACCAGGCAUCAGGUCAUUUGGCUCGACCGCGGGCACAGCGUCAUCUGGCAAGGCAGUGGGCUCCGAGUCAACUGGUAUGGACCGCGGGCACUGGGUCAGACAUUGGAUCGUCUGACUGGACAGCGGGCAUCGGGUCACCUGGCAUCAGGUCAUUUGGCUCGACAGCGGGCACCGCGUCAUCUGGCAAGGCAGUGGUCUCCGAUGUCAACAGGCACGACAGUGGGCACCGGGUCAUCAGGUACCGGAUUGUCUGGCUCGACAGCGGGCAUCGGGUCAUCAGGCAUCAGGUCAUUUGGCUUGCCAGCGUAGGCACCGCGUCAUCUGGCAAGGCAGUGGGCACCGAGUCA